UCCCACACCCCCACCCACACCCACCCCCACCCCCACCCACACCCACACCCACCCACACCCACACCCACACCCACCCACACCCACACCCACACCCGCUGACUACUGGAAUCAUCGUAUCGUCCAAUGGAAGGCAGGUGAGACGGGGGGACAAGUAAUAGGUGGUAGUCAUAUUCAAGGAAAUCAAUUAGAUCAACUAGCUUAUCCAAGCGAUGUAUUGAUCGAGAGAGAGAAUGAUAGUAUCAUUAUCUGUGAUGUAACCAAUCGACGAGUCAUGCGGUGGUCUCAUGCUAGUGAUACAUUUGAAGGAGAGAUCUUCUUUGACAACAUCAGUUGUUAUGGAUCGGCUAUGGAUGAUCAGGGAUAUCUCUAUAUCUCUGACAUUGAUAAAUAUGAAGUAAGACGGUAUCGGCUGGGAGACGAGAAUGGAAUUCUUGUAGCUGGUACCAAUGGUGUGGGUAUUGGUCUCAAUCAACUCAACGCUUCGACCUACAUUUUUGUCCAUGAACUGCAAGCCGUCUACGUUUCAGACAGUUCAAAUAAUCGUGUAAUGAAAUGGAAUAAAGAUGCAUCAGAAGGAGUUAUCGUUACUGGAGGUCGAGGCGCUGGGAAUGCUCGAACAAAGUUGAUACAUUCUUAUAGACUUUUCGUCGAUAGUGUGGGUGCCCUUUAUGUGCCAGACUCGGCAAAUUUUCGAGUGAUGCAAUGGCCUAAAGAGAUGAAACGGGGCACUUUCAUUGUGGGUGUGGAUGUGUGUGAGUAUUGGUGUCAGCUAAGAGAAUUGCUACACCCAUCCACCCACAUCCACACCGCACACAUCCACACCCGCACUCACACUCACACCCUCUUUUCCUGAAUUUAAUUGAUUACGCUACAGUAAUUUAAUGAUCUAUUAUUGUGUGGGUGUAGGUGUGGAUGUUAAAUGCAUAAAAGACAUGACCCACACCCACAACUGCAUUCACACUUACAGUCACACCGCACAUCCACAUCCAAUAUGUGAACUAGCAUUCACACCCACACUAAACCCACACCCCACCCCAACCCAACUCUACCUGUAAUAUUUAGUGUAUAAUUAUUUCUAUUUUUUCAUUCUAAGAUAUGAUGUUCAAUUAAUUUACGAUGUUCGAUUUUCCCAUUUUGUUGUGGUUUCUAGAAACUUACUAUAUAUAGAAAGGAAAUUUUGCACUUUGUGCAAAACCAAAGUCGUCACCAGCUUUUCUUCUUCCUGUUGUUGAAUGAUUGUCAGAUGGAGUUGUAUGUAGUUCUAUUGAUACUUAUAUUGAAUGUUUAUUCACAUUAUUAUUGUUGUUGUUUUGAUAAUCGGCUGGUUGAUUGCUGGAAUUUGUUGUCUGGAGUAUGUUGAAAAUUUUCUUUAAAAAAGCAUUUGUAUUUUUUUAGGUGACUCAUCAAUUUCUACCAUUAGUUAAGCGUAAUAAAAAGAGUGGGGAAAAGAAAUAAGAAAGAGAACAUAAAAGAAAAGCGUGUUAGGUAAAUAUGAAUAUGAGUAUAUCAGUAGUGUAAAACACUCUUAUCAUCAUUGAUGCAUGCAAGUGAGAUACAAUAAAUGAUGAGACAUAACUUUCAUCUAUUUCGAUCGCUUAUUUAUUUAGCCAUGAUAAAUCAUCGUUGUUUCACUAUGAUAUUCUCUGUCUUCGUUCGUUGAUACACACAUCAUACUAUGUUAAUGUCGACACUACACUUGGUUCUAUUCUAUCAGAGUAUCUUUUAUGCUUCUAGUUGGGGACCAAUAGGUCAUAGUAUUGUUGCACGUCUUGCUCAAAGUCAAUUAGAUUCAUCCACUAAUAAUUGGAUUCAAAAUUAUAUACCUCAGAAUUUAUCUGGUAACUUAAGUGAAAUUGCAUCAUGGACUGAUAUAAUACGUAAUCCAAAUACAAAUCCAUUGAAUUAUAAAAACUGGAAAUGGUCUCGCAAAUUACAUAUUGCAUAUAUACCUGAUUGGAGUUGUGAAUAUAUUUCAACAAGAGAUUGUUUAAAUAAUAGAUGUGUUGAAGGUGCAUUAAAAAAUUAUUCACAAAGAUUAAUUGAUAAUAAUUGUGAUUUUGUUCGAACAACAACAAGCUCUUUUUUUUCUUGUUCAUUUUGUUGGUGA